CGUAGCUCUUGAACCAAAUUGGCACAUGUGCUCUUGAAUUCAUAAAGAAUGGGACUGAUUAUUAGUUUCCGGAUUUAAAUAAAUAACCUCAUUAACAAUGUCAGCGUCGUCGUUCCCGCGUAGCGUGAUACUCACAGCCCGAUCGGAUACCAAGGGCAAAUCUGUAUUUUCGUGGUUAACAGAUUGGCAAAAUGAAGAAAAGUUCCACCACGGAUUCUUUUUUUUUUUUUUUUUUUUAAUUAUUCAAUUAAUUAUUAUCUCCUCUGGCCCUUUGCUUUCCCUCUCCUUUCGUCUUUCUCUUCCAAAAUUUCUUUCGAUUGAUUCCCAGAAACAAAAAAAAUUCCAAUUCCUUCGAACUGCAUUAUCGAUCGUGCCCCAACUAGGCGAUUCGAAAUCGUCGAUCAUUAUCGAAGUGAAGAUUCGAAAUUCCCAGUUUUGAAUUUCUCUUUUAUUCUGUGAAUUGAUAUCAAAAAUUUUCCGAAAGAGAAAGAUUAUUUGGUAAGUUCCAAUUCGAAUAUGCAUUUGCUGCAAAAAAAAAAAAAAAAAUCAAAAUCUGAUGAUUUUUUUUAUUAAAGUGUUUCAGAGAAUUUGAAGGAGGAGAUCGGAAUAGUUGAAAAUGGCUAACCAAGGUGGUCCGUCGAGGAAAAGUCUCUCCUUCUCCGGUCAUUCAUUUCAAGGAAGGAAAAAAGCUUCAGAAAACGAAGGUGGUGGUGGUGGUGGCUCUGAUCUCCUCCCACGAAGAUCUCUCACAUCUUCUCGUUCUUCCAUGUAAUCAUCACCCCAUUCUCUUCCAAUUCUUCAUUUUUCUGAGGAAUGAUACAUGUUUCAAAAUAUAUGAGAUUGGAAGUAAAUGUUUGCAUGUUGUUUCUUGGUGUAGAAGCUUGAGUGGGGAAAGGAGUGGUGAGAGAACGGUAAAGAGACUAAGGUUGUGUAAGGCUCUUACUGUACCAGAUAGCACAACU